UAUAUUUUCUACUUUAAAGGUUAAAAUGCCAUCGAAGAAAUCGGAUAAACCAAUUAUAACGGACAAUAGGGAUGGCACAGUUAGUAUUAAGUACGAUCCUAAAGUAGAAGGUGUUCACGAACUCCACAUCAAGUAUAAUCACGAACAUGUACAAGGAAGUCCUUAUAAAUUUCACAUCGACAAUAUUUCUUCCGGUUACGUCACCGCUUGUGGCGAAGGCCUGGCACGUGGUAAUGCUGGAGAUCCCUGUAAUUUUAUCGUUUAUACAAGAGGGGGUACCAAUUUAUCGGUUCACGUCGAUGGACCUACAAAAUCAGAGGUUAAUUGUCACGAUAAUAAAGACGGAAGCGUCAGCGUGUCUUACAUACCUCCGGCUCCAGGAGAAUAUAAAGUAUCUGUGAAAUUUGAUGGAAAACAUAUCAAGGACAGUCCGUUCACAGUUAAAAUUGCAGGUGAAGGACGAAAACGAAGUCAAGUAUCCGUUAUGCAUUCCAGUGAAGUGUCGAUUAAUUGUACCGAAAAAGAUUUAAAGACUUUAAAUGCGAGUAUUGUCGCACCUUCGGGAUUGGAAGAACCUUGUUUUUUAAAAAGAAUGAAAGAUGGAUUAGUUGGUAUUUCGUUCACACCUCGCGAAAAAGGCGAACAUUCCGUCAACGUGAAACGUCUAGGAAAUCACGUGAGAGGAAGUCCUUUUAAAAUUCUGGUUGCGGAUAAAGAAAUAGGAGACGCAUCCAAGGUUAAAGUUUACGGAAAUGCUUUGAAAGAGGGAGAAACUCACGUAGAGAACGAAUUUGUGGUGGAAACGACAAAUGCCGGUUACGGAGGUUUAAACUUUUCCAUAGAAGGACCGAGUAAAGCGGACAUCAAUUACGAAGAUAAAAAAGACGGAACUAUAAGAUUUUACUACACCGUAACCGAACCGGGUUACUACAUCGCCAAUCUGAAAUUUGCCGAUCAUCACGUGAAGGGAAGCCCGAGCGCCAUAAAAAUAACCGGAGAGAAAUCCAACAUCCAGAGAGAAACCAUCAAAAGGUUCAGGAAACCCGCUCCCGUGGUCGCCGUGGGCAACGAAUGCCGAUUGUUUUACAAGAUGGCAGGAACCGUGGCUUUCGACAUGGCCGCCAAAUUCACCGCUCCCAACGGAGACAUGGACGACGCGGAAAUCAUAGACAAAGAAGAUUCGGUCUACGCCAUCCACUUCAUCCCCAAAGAAGUGGGCAACUACGCCGUUAGCGUUCGAUACAAGGACAUGCACAUACCCGGUUCUCCCUUCCAAUAUACGGUCGGACCCUUCCUGAACUUCGGAGCUCACAGGGUGCACGCCGGAGGUUUCGGACUAGAACGAGGACUGGCCAACGAACCGUGUGAAUUCAACGUGUGGACGAGAGAGGCGGGUGCAGGCACGUUGGCCGUAUCCAUGGAAGGACCUUCCAAAGCCGAAUUGGACAUGAAAGACCUGGACGACCAGACGGCUCUGGUUUCCUACAUCGUUACGGAGCCGGGCAACUACCGCAUAGGAAUCAAGUUCAACGACGAGCCGAUUCCCGACAGCCCUUUCAACAUCUUCGUCAUGGCGCCGGUGGGAGAAGCCAGGAAGAUCGAAUUGGGACGGAUGCCCGAUUCCAGCGCCCUUCAAGUCAACAAACCCAUCGCCUUCAACAUCCAGAUGAACGGGGCCAAGGGCAUGCUGGACGGAAAAACCAUAUCGCCUUCUGGAGUGGAAGACGACUGUUUCGUGGCACCCGUCGACGAAGAUCAAUGGGCGCUUCGUUUCAUACCACGAGAGAACGGGAUUUACUACAUCCACAUCUGCCUCAACAACAUCCACAUUCGCGAGAGUCCCUUCCGCGUUCUGAUAGGGAAGGACGACGCCGACCCGGCGGCGGUCACCGCCUACGGAAACGGGUUAAAGGAGGCCCGCUCUGGUGCCAAAACCGAUUUCAUCGUGGACACGUGCAGCGCGGGAGCGGGACAAUUGGUGGUGACGGUAGAAGGACCUUCGCACGUCACCAUGGAUUGGACGGAAGUGGAAGAGGGUUACAAGUUUCGUUACACUCCUCUGGCACCCGGCGAUUACUACAUUAAUAUAAAAUACAACGGUUAUCACAUCGUCGGAAGCCCCUUCAAAGUUCACAGCACAGGGAGCCUGUUUGCCGAACCGGGUCUAACGGAAGUAUCGUCGCUAACCGUCGACACCGUUCCGAAACAGGCCAAACACAAGGUAGACCACCUACCCCAGUUCCGUUCGGACGCCUCCAGAGUGACCUGCAAAGGACACGGACUGAAAAAGGCCAUGACUCACAAAAACAAUCAGUUCACCGUCAACUGUCUGGACGCGGGUAACAACUUCCUGUUCGUGUCCCUUUACGGUCCCAAGGGUCCCUGCGAAGAACUCAGCGUGAAACACAUGGGAAGGAAUCUGUACCAAGUGGGUUACGUCAUCAAGGAUCGCGGCGAUUACGCCCUGAUAGUGAAGUGGGGAGACGACCACAUCCCCGGAAGUCCCUUCAGAGUGGAAGGAUCUUGAGAUCGUCGAGGUCGCGGUUUCGCCAAUGUUUGACUGAAUCAGACACCACCUAGACACGUUUCGUCAUCCAUUGUUCAGAAAGUUAUUUUCCCGACAUAUCAGCGAUUACGCGUCCACCCGAUGCUAAAAAUAUUCGUUUCGUCAUAACCGUUUGUCGUUUUUCUUUUCUUUCCCGUAGUCGAAUAGACACGUUCGUGUUAUUUAAUUCGAUUUCUCUUCCGAAAAUUGUGUAAGAUAACAGAUGGAUUUCUAUUCGCACGUUUGGACCAGCGUCUCUUCCCCGUGGGUUUGGCCCGUUUUCUUUUCCAUUAGUCGGCAGGAACCCGAUCGUUGGAAACAUUUGGUCGCAUCACUGCCAAAGGAGCCAGGAUUAGCGUUAAAGUCGUUCCUGCCAUACGAACACCGGGGCCACUCAUUAACGUUUGCGUCUCCGCUUUAUAACCGCCAAAGUCGGCUUUUCGACCUUUAACACUGGCACCAAAUUCCGUUUCCUUCCCAACGCGUAACCCAUUAACCAGGAUUAACCUCUCAUGGACUAAACGCCCGGCAGACAUUUUGGAAAACGGUGCGAGUAACACCAGAAUAAUCCUUAGCGUCUUCUAUUUAAUUCCUCUAAACGAUGGCGUCCGCGCUUCCUUCCCCAAAACGCCGCUUUUAAAUAAUCUGGAAGUAAUCGCUUCCUUCGAACCCCAUGAGAAACAAUAAAAAAGAGUAUCAUUCAA